ACGCCUCGCGGUGAUGUAAUCGUUCAGAACGAGACAUUUUGUUUAGACCGUGCUUUGAACCAGGCGGGACAUUUCCCCGCUAUCUGUAGACGGGACGUUGAUCGUUUUAUUAAGCGAGGGGGGUCCCCAGGCGGCGUGAUGGCCGUGCGAAGCAGAAGGCUGAACUCCACCACUCCGUGGGGCUGCAUGGAGGUGAAAGGGCACAAGGGACAGAAGGAGCAUGUGGAGGGGCAGUUCCGCCUGGUGGGGCAGACGGGCAGUACAGAGAGGAGCGGGGAGGAGGACCCCCCACCCUGCGAGAUCCUGCCCCUGCUGAGGAAGGUUCUGGAUGUGGGGACGGCAGGGGACAUGACAGCCGGCCCCCAGGGCACUGAAAAGCUCAGCCCCUUCGUCGCCCAGGCCGUGUGUGACGAACAGCAAGAGUUCAGCCCCUCCUGUUCAGAGCGCGGCUACAUCGGCUCCCCCAACUGCCUCGUACCCAGGGUCUCCACAGAGAACAACGUAGCCUAUGGGGCGGCUUGCAAGGAGAGCCCCUCUAGCCCCUCUAGGAGCCACAGGAGGAGAGAGCAGCGGAGAAGACAGAGGGAGAGACAGGGAGGAGGAGAGGCAGCUCCCUCUAGAGUUCCAGAGCAGGAGAGCAACAGCUUUCCCACGCAGGAUGUGGCAGCAGAGUCCACCAGCAGAUGCAGCAGCUACAGCAGCCCCCAGAGCCUGGGGGUGCAGGAAACCGAGGGGCCCAGAUUCGCAGAGAGAGAGUCACCCUUGCCCUCCUACACACAGCACCAGCACCACAGCCAGGCCCUGCCCCGCGCCCCCCAGCCGUGGUUCUCCUCCGUCAACAUCCUCAAAAUAUCCCUGUGCAGCCAGGACAGCGCCUCGCAGCCCCGCCUCAGCGGCCAGGACAACUGGAGUCUUGCCCGGUUCGGCCUCCGGGGGAACGUGUGCCAGGAGGACCAGGUCUUCGCCGCACCGUUCUUUAAGGAGGUGGCGAGGGAGGCGGGGGCGGAGGACGAGGGGCAGCAGGGAGACUCCGACACCAAUGAGGGGCUCCUCUUUCACCCAGAGGAGAAACUCCAGGCAAAUCAAUAUGAGUACAAGGAGGGGCGGGACUACUCCCUUCUCCAGCACAUUCGGAAUGGAUCGUACGGGGAUGUGUACAGCGUUCGGGACAACAGGACAGGCUUCAGAUGUGCUGCCAAAAGGAUACCCCUGAAGCAGUUCAACAGCGAGGAGGUGGGCUCGUGGAGCGCCCAGAACUCCCGCCGUGUUGUGGAGCUCUACGGAGCGGUACGCCAGGGCCCUUGGGUCACUCUGUUUAUGCCCCUCAAGUCAGGUUCGGUGGGGCAGCUCGUAAGGCAGCGAGGGCGCCUGCCGGAGGACCUCGCCCUGCACUACGCGCUCCAGGUGUCACGGGCCAUGGAGGACGUGCAUAGGAUAGGGGUCCUGCACUUGGACAUAAAAGCGGACAAUAUAUUACUGUCUGAAGAUGGGAAGGAAACUUUUCUGUCUGACUUCGGGCACUCAGAGAGACUGAACCAAAAUGGAUGGAGCACAAAAGCCAAUUCAGGCGGACCGUUCCCAGGCACAGAGACCCACAUGGCCCCUGAGGUGGUAAAAGGGGAGCCCCGUGGCACCAAAGCAGAUGUGUGGAGCUUCUGCUGCAUGUUACUGCACAUGCUCAAUGGCUGCCACCCAUGGGCCCGCUACUACUCAAGCCCACUGUGCCUCAAGAUUGCAAAUGAGGAUCCACCCCUUAGGGAAAUCCCAUCCAAUUGUAACCCUUUCACUGCUGAUGUCAUCAAAGCGGGCCUUCAGAAAGAUCCAAUCAAAAGAGCUUCAGCCACAGAGAUGAAGGAGAAGAGUGCUAGAGCACUGAUGGAAGUGGGAGGGCUCACCAGUCCAGUGCAGGGCGCCUAUCAGGAGCCAGCAAAGGCGGAGCCAGCAAACGCAGAGCCAAUGGAAACCCCCCACAUGUGCUCUGGGCCCCUCCCUUCUCCCCUGGCCCCUCCCAUAAAAGGAAACUUGGAGCUGGGGCGGCAGUGUGGGACCUCCUGGAGGGGGUGCUCCAAGGACAGAGACCAGGCUGUGCAAGAGGAGGGCAGGGACACCGAAUGGUUCUCAUCCUCUUCCAGGCCACGCCCCCAGCUCCACCCAUACAGCUCCAGACAGCCGAAAGGGGAAGAGCCAGACAUCUCACUUUUAGCCUGGGAGCUGGAGAAAGAGUUCUGCCUGAGCAGUCUCAGCCAGCCCUACUCCCUGGAGCUCCAGGAGCAGCUGCUGUCCAGUCUGAGCAGCGACUACCACCUGCAGAGGGAGCCUCAGGACAAAGACUCGGUGCACUGGUCUGUGGGCCAGAGGACGCUCAGCUCGGGGGUCUUCUCCGGCAGCAGCCAGGAGCACAGUUUUGGGGUGGACUGGCCAGGCUCCGCCCACUUCCCCUCGCCGCGCUCCUUCGAAGGUGUGGACGUGUGUAUACAAGACUUUAACGGGCAGUGCCUGCGAAUUCGGGAAAGCCCUGGGGUCACGGUGGGGUACAUCGCCACGGGGAUCAGCGAUCAGAUUUCCGAGCGGGCCUUUUGCCUGGAGACACAGGACGGCCGGCCGGUGUGUCCCCAGGAGAAGGUGCUGGAUUCGGGGCUCUGGCUACGGUGCACCUCCACCCCCGACUGCUGCCCCUCCUGGAGGUGGAGGGUCAGGCAGGGAGUGCUGGAAAUGAGGGAGUGACCAACCCGUGUGUCCGUCCUUCUGACCGGCUCCUCAAACCCACCCACCCCACCCCACCCCAACAAGAGGGACCCAUCCACCUCCUGCUUUUUACAUUCCUCCCACUCUUCUGUUUCAGCUCAUAUUUACAGUAUACAUUACAUUAUUGCCAUUUGAGAGAGAGAACUGCUAAAAACAAAAAAAGUACUUUUUUUAAAUAUUAGACUUUAUUACUAUAUUUACACUUUAAAUCUUAUUUCUAUGCAUUUCUUUUUUUGAAAAAGCGACAAACAUAUUGCCAAUGAGAUGAGUUUUAGGAGUGGGAAUAAAUGGGGGAAAUGGGGAUUUUUAUUAAUUUUUAUUUUGUAUUUAUUUUUUACCGCCACAUGAAAUUGCAUGAACUAUGUAUGAACCGCUUACCUAGCCAAACAAUGCUUACCUAGCCAAAUAAAACAUCCUAAUACACAAGCAAAUAUCACAGGUAAAGACAACAAUGAAGGUUUACAGGGAGGUAGGGAGGGACAGGGAAAGGUGCAUCUUGUACUGUAUGUGUUCAAAUAAAAAUAUCAUUGAAAGUG